CAAAAUUAUCCAAAUAUUUUAUAUCUUUCCUGAUCCACGCUUUUAUCUGGUUGAACUUCAGCUUCAGCUUCUGCUUCCUCACAAACGCUCGAAAAUGGCUCACAGUGAGUCGGCGUCGGCCACCGAGACCCCGAAGCCCUUAGCCUCCAAUUUUGCUCCAAACUGCGCAAUGCUACUUUCUUCAACCAAUUUUGCACCGUUUCUCAGAGCAUCGCCAUUAAAGAAGCCCAAUUUGGUUCUUCCCGACAUUCCAGCUUCAAUUGCAUCCGCCACUGAUAAGUGUCUCCAAUUGCUUCACUCAUUGGCUUCUCAAAACCCGUUUCUCAGCAAACUGCUCUCUUUGCGUUCUGAAUUUCAAAGUCUCUGCCACCAGAUUAGGUGCAGGAAGCACAGGCAGGUGGAGACUUUAUCAGCUCACAAUUUUGCAGCGGUUUUACCAGGAGAUUCAGUGGCAGGGCUUGUGGUGGCAAAUGGUAUCUCCAACUUCUUGAACUUGUACAACACUCUCUUGGUUGUCAGGCUUGUCUUGACCUGGUUCCCCAACUCCCCUCCUGCCAUUGUUGGCCCCCUCAGCACAAUAUGUGACCCUUACUUGAACAUAUUUCGUGGGCUAAUCCCACCACUUGGAGGCACAUUGGACCUCUCUCCCAUUCUGGCAUUUUUGGUUCUGAAUGCCUUUACAAGCACAGCUGCUGCUCUACCUGCAGAGCUUCCAGCCUCAUCACAACAAGUCACUGCUUCUCCUGCGGGAAUUACUAACCUCUCUACAUCUCAGAAGAAAUGGAUGACAAGGCUUCAGGGAAACAACACGAAGAGCUCUGGUGGUGUCAGUUAGGCUUUACCCUCCAUUGUUUUUUUUGUAAUAUUCGAGUAAUCGACACUAAUCUUACGGCUAUUUCUUUCUUUCUUUCUUUCUGUGUACUUGGCUGAAACUGCACAAAUUAAUUUUGCCUAGCAUAAAAGGUGGUGGUGCAUUGAUGCUAAAGCAUAUGGCAAAUUUAUA